AUGCUGCCGUUCCUCGCGCCGCCGGCGUCAAGCGCCGGCCCGUCGCUCCGCUCGUCACCACAGGCCGCCCUUCUCCGCACGAUCGCGUCGCCACGCGCCUCGUGCCAGGAGCGCACUGCGGCGCUGUACGAGCUCGAGGUCAGCCUCAAGGACGAGCUGUGCGAUGCACCAGCGAUCGCAGGUGCGCGCAAGCGCAUGCGCAGCCAGGGCGGUUGGGCUGAAGUUGCUCCCGCACUGCUUGCCAACCUUUCGCGCCUGCACGUGCAUCUCUCCUAUCUGUCCACGACCUGCGGCUCUUGCUCAAGCAGGAGAGACGCAGAUGCGGCCCGCGCUCUGCUUGCAACCGAGGCCGGCGUGUGCUUCUCCCUGCUGCAGGGGCUCGCGCUGCUGGCGCCUGGCGAGCGCGGCGAUGUGACCGAGGUAGAACUGCUGCUGGCGCUUGCAUCGGCGCCGUACUGGUCGCCUGCCACCUCGGUGGACCUCAGCCACGCGCAGGCGCACGCCAUCUCCACCAUCUCGGUCCUGCUGCUGGCCCGGCCAGAGUCUCUGUCGUCUUUUACGACGCUGCGCGGCGAGGCCCUGCUGCGUACGGUGCUUCGUGCGCCCGACGAGACCGCGCAGGUUAGCUCUGUCAGCGAGCAGCAAGAGGCGACUGCAGCGGCCGCAGGCGAGCUCUUGGCCCACCUGGCCGACCGCGAGGGCGCCGAGCGUCUGGCAGCCGAGGAACUGCGCGGCUCGGCUCGCAGACCAGCGAAGCGCGGCGGCUCGGACGCCAGCAGUUCGCGCAGCACCUCAGCGAGCAGCGGCCCCGACGACGACGGCCCCAAGACCCCGACGGACCAGACCUCGUUUGACGCGCAGCGCACCCCACGAAAGGUCUCGCCUCCGAAGGUCGAGGCAUCAGUGCUACGGGCUGAUGAACCCGGCGCCACACCGCGAUCGAGUGCCAAGCGUCCUGUCGUGAUGCGUUCCAUCAACGCUGGACAGCCAGCUUCCGCCCCGACGCUCGCGCUCCCACCGUCCCCAACGAAGCGAACAGUCGGUCACACCGGCACGCGCAAUGACGCGAGUCGUGCCGGCAACCACCAGGCAGGCGCAUCCCUGAUGGGCCCGCCGAUGAUGCCCAGCAGCAAGUCGGCUUCCCUUCGUCUUGCUGUGCCCGCGCAGUCGAGCGCUUCGAGGUCCGCGCCUUCCACGCCGCGCCGCCGCGGCGGCACUGUUCCGUCGGCUGGAGUCGUCGCAACAGCCUCUCGCGGUCGCACGCUAGAGUCGCCGCAGCGACAGCCGCUCCGUUCAGAUCUCGACGGCGAUCAGCAAGAGCUGAUCGCACUCGUCUCAGCUUCUCCCGCGGUGCGGCGAGCGCAUGCCAGAUCCUUGUCGCCGACCAAGCCGGUCCCGAUGCGGGCUCUGCCGUCGCUGCCUGGCGCUGCGGAAGACGGCGAUGUGCUGCCGAGCAUGUCUUCCGCGUCUGGCCGCCUCGCGGCUCUGCAGAAGAGCCGUCCGCUCAUACAGCGGCCCAGCCGAAGCCGCAGUCCCGACGGAGGAGAGGCUCGCCGCCGAGGCGCGCGUGGGCCGCAGCAUGCGCCGCCCACUUGA